AUGAGAAAUCUUCUUCUUGGAACUUUAGCAUUCGGUACUGCUGGUUACUACUACUACAAUAAAGAAUAGUUUACUUAAUUAGCUAAACCUAAGCUUGAUUAUCAAGCUGUCAGAGGUGAUAUAGCUGAUAUCCUUGAAUAGUAAGGUUGGGAUGGCUACAAUCAUAUUGGCCCUGUUCUUGUUAGACUUGGAUGGCAUGCUUCAGGAACCUACAACAAAGCUGAUAAGACUGGUGGUUCCGAUGGUGCAACCAUGAGAUUUAACAAGGAAUAGAAUGAUCCUGCUAAUGCCGGUCUUCAUCAUGCCCAAAAGUUCCUUGAACCUGUCAAGGCUAAACACCCUGGUAUUUCAUAUGCUGAUCUCUGGGUUUUGGCUAGUUACGUAGCUAUUGAAGAAAUGGGAGGUCCUAAAAUCGAUUUUACUCCUGGUAGAAAGGAUGCUCCUUCAGAAGCUUCCUGCCCUCCUAAUGGCAGACUUCCUGAUGCAAGCAAGGGAAGUUCUCAUAUUAGAGAUGUUUUCUACAGAAUGGGAUUAAAUGAUAGAGAAAUUGUUGCUUUGAUUGGUGGUGGACACGGUAUUGGUAAGUGCCACACCGAUAGAAGUGGAUAUGAUGGUCCUUGGACUAAUGCCCCUACUACUUUCACUAACCUUUACUUUAAGGAACUCUUCGAUAAGACAUGGACUGAGAAGAAGUGGAAGGGACCUCUCUAAUAUGAAGACAAUACCAAAAAGCUAAUGAUGCUUCCUGCUGAUCUUGAAAUAAGAAAUGACCCUGAAUUUAAAAGAAUCGCUCUUGAAUAUAAAGAAAACAAGGAUUUAUUCUUUAAAGACUUUGCUUCUGCUUUCAAAAAACUUACAGAGCUCGGCUUUAAGCAAUUUUGA